AUGGGCAUCCCAGGCAAGGCGGCCGGCGCGUCAACCGCAGCGUCGUCAGCCGCUGGCUCCCUCGACCUCGCUGGCUUGCACAACGAACGUUUCUGGCAGAAGCUGGGGCCAGGGAAGACGAUCGAGGACAGGUUUUCGGACGUCCACGGGAGCAGGCGCUGGCGCACGAUACUCAGCGUGUACGUUGAGGCCCGCGGCGUGUCGCUCCAGUGGUUCCACGGGCACCUGCGCGAGGAGAAGUGCCUCGGCCGCUCUGAGCACAACAGGCGCAAGGUUGACUCGAACGUUCGGGUAUAUGCUCGCGGCAUCCUGGAGAAAGGUGUGACCGCGCUGAUCAGCCAUGGGGUGUACGAUAUGCUCGCAGGGGCCACGCUGAUGGAAGCGUUCUACGCGGCGCACGAGGCAGAUCCCAGCAACGAGUACGUUAUCCAGGCCAUCGAGGACGGCUACCAAGACUGCCUCAUCCUGAAGGCCGCCACCCCCGAGGACGUGCUGAAGUAUGUCAAGGAGGAGCACAACGGCUACCACGUGGGCCUCGGACAGAACCACAUCGAGAAGUACGAGGCCGCAGUGCAGGCCGUGGAGCCCGCUUGGAGGGUCGAGUGUGACACCAAGUCCUACACCGUUCAGAGCUGCCCCAAGAAGGGACCGUUUUCCUACGCAUCGCUGUACGCAGAGUUUGUGAAGACGAAGUUCAAGCAGAUGUUCCCCGAAUGGGAGCCGUUCGAUAACGCCAAAGCGUUUUGGCACAAUAUGGAAUCCCUCAAGCUGGACACGUGGUACAAGGACGUGUGCGAGAGGAAGUGCGACUUCAUGCAUCGCGACUUCGACGUCAACUACGUGCUGAACCUCAACAAUGCGAUCAAGUCGACGAUCUUCAUGAAGCAAUUCACCGACCUGUUCACAGCCGACGUCCUUGCGGCCGCCAUGAAGGAACUGCUUCAGUUUGGCUUCCCCACAGACCCGCACUGCGACAAGACUCAUGCCUUGGAGUACCCGUUCUUGCUCACCAGCCGUGCCAACGGAAUGUCCUUGAUCAAGCGCCUGUUGGCCCCCAUUAGCCUCUCCAAGGUGUGGCAGGAGAAAAUCGGCGGUGGCAAAGAUGCACAGGCAGCGCUGGAUGAGCCCACCAAGAAAAAGAGGCGCAAGGCUAGCAAAGCCCAGUCUGCCGAUGGCAAGCUCAAAGAUAUGAUCGCCGCACAGAUGGAGGACCCGAGAGGCGCGGUGGCCAGUGACGGGCGCAACAAGCUGUUCCUGGACGACCUCAUCUUCGUUGUCGUGGCUGGGCCUCUGGCCGAGUUGACGGGCGACCAGAUUGACUGGACAGUCGUCGGCCGUGGCUUCCGAUUCGGCCUGACUCUCAUGCUCGAGGGGAAGCUCACGCUGAACGGGAAGGUGUUUGAUAAGUGGUCUACAGCCAGGAAGGAGAUCCGAGCCGAGUCGGUCAGGGGACAUAUCGUGCCACUUGCCGGGGCGUUGGGGGUUGACGGUGGAAUUGCGAACGCCGACAGCAUGAGCGUGGACUCUCUCGCCGACGCCGCGCUCGGCCUCCUCGAGGUGGACGCGAGCGCUGCGACCGACAUGGUGGCGGUGUCGAGUGCGAUGUCCACGCGCGUGCCGGCGUACUUGGAGGCCAUCUCGAGGGACGCAUGCUUCAUGACGCAGAUGGCGGCGAUGGACCCCCUCCUCCUGCUCAGCUGCUCAUCAGAUCAUCCGCCUACCUGA